UUUCCCAACUCCAGGAAUUUGUGGCGGAGAGGGCAAAUAACCGCGGCUCUCCCGGCGCCCCGAUGCUUGCACCAUGUCGAGGCGCAAGCAGGCGAAACCCCAGCACAUCAACUCGGAGGAGGACCAGGGCGAGCAGCCGCGGCACCAGCCGACUCCAGAGUUCGCAGAUGCGGCCCCAGCGGCGCCGGCGGCGGGGGAGCCGGGUGCUUCAAUGAACCACACGGGCAGUGGCGAUGAAGCAGGUGGGGACAAAGCCACUGCGAAGCGGCUCCGCCAGGAGGACACUCAUAUCUGUGAGAAAUGCUGUGCCGAGUUCUUCAGCCUCUCGGAGUUCUUGGAACAUAAGAAAAAUUGCACUAAGAUUUCACCUGUCCUCAUCAUGAAUGACAGCGAGGGACCAGUGCCUUCAGAGGACUUCUCCCGAGCGGUGCUGAACCACCCGCCACUCAGCCCAAGCAGUAAGGAUGGUCACCAGGGGAGCAGCGGCAGCACCAAGGAGAAGCUGGGCUCCGAGCCUGUCAUGUACUUGAAGGCAGAGGCCGCCCUGCCGCCCUCGCCCCAGGACAUAAGCUAUUUACCCAAAGGCAAAGUGGCCAACACUAACGUGACUCUGCAGGCACUCCGGGGCACCAAGGUGGCGGUGAACCAGCGCAGCGCCGACGCCCCGGCCGGCCCGGUGCCCAGCGCCCACGGCAUCCCGUGGGUCCUGGAGCAGAUCAUGUGCCUGCAGCAGCAGCAGCUCCAGCAGCUGCAGCUCACCGAGCAGAUCCGCGUGCAGGUGAACAUGUGGGCGGCGCACGCCCUGCACUCGGGCGGGACCGACGCCCUGAAGACCCUGGGCAGCCACGUGUCCCAGCAGGUGUCCGCCACCGUGGCGCUGCUCAGCCAGAAGGCCGGAAGCCAAGGCCUGUCUCUGGAUGCCUUGAAACAAGCCAAGCUACCUCAUGCCAACAUCCCUUCCACCGCUGGCUCGCUGUCCCCAGGGCUGACCCCCUUUGCCCUGAAGCCAGACGGGUCGCGGGUGCUCCCGAAUGUCGUGUCUCGGCUCCCAAGCGCUUUGCUACCUCAGGCCCCAGGUUCUGUGCUCUUCCAGAGCCCUUUCUCCGCCAUGGCGCUAGACCCAUCCAAGAAAGGGAAAGGGAAGCCACCGAACAUCUCCGCUGUGGAUGUCAAACCCAAAGACGAGGCGGCCCUCUUCAAGCACAAGUGUAAGUACUGUAGCAAGGUUUUUGGGACUGAUAGCUCCUUGCAGAUCCACCUCCGCUCCCAUACUGGAGAGAGACCCUUCGUGUGCUCUGUCUGUGGUCACCGCUUCACCACCAAGGGCAACCUCAAGGUACACUUUCACCGACACCCCCAGGUGAAGGCGAACCCCCAGCUGUUUGCCGAGUUCCAGGACAAAAUGGCAGCAGGCAAUGGCAUCCCCUAUGCACUCUCUGUCCCCGUCCCUGUAGAUGAAUCGAGUCUCUCUUUAGACAGCAAACCUGUCCUUGUAACAGGGACCCCUUGCGUAGGGCUACCUCAAAAUCUCUCUCCGGGGACUAACCCCAAGGACCUCCGGGGUGGCCCGCUGCCCGGCGACCUGCAGCCUGGGCCUUCUCCGGAAAGUGAGGGUGGACCCCCACUAUCUGGGGUGGGACCCAACCAUAAUUCCCCAAGGGUUGGUGGCUUCCAGGGGAGUGGGACCUCCGAGCCAGGGUCAGAGACCCUGAAGUUACAGCAGCUGGUGGAAAACAUCGACAAGGCCACCACGGACCCCAACGAAUGUCUCAUCUGCCACCGAGUCCUAAGCUGCCAGAGCUCUCUCAAGAUGCAUUACCGCACCCACACCGGGGAGAGGCCUUUCCAGUGCAAGGUCUGUGGCCGAGCUUUUUCUACCAAAGGCAACUUGAAGACGCAUCUUGGGGUUCAUCGAGCCAACACAUCUGUAAAGACCCAGCAUUCGUGCCCCAUCUGCCAGAAGAAGUUUACCAACGCGGUCAUGUUGCAGCAGCACAUCCGGAUGCACAUGGGUGGCCAGAUUCCCAACACGCCUCUGCCAGACAGCCCCUGUGACUUUACGGGUUCCGAGCCCGUGAUGGUCGGGGAGAGUGGCAGCACAGGUGCCUCCUGCCCCGAGGAGGUCGAGAGCAUUGAUGUAGAUGAAGUAACGUCCCAGGAUGCCCCCGCUGGCUCCUCAAAGGUCCCUGCACCUCUUCCCAGCACCCACGUGGCAUCACCCACCCUGGGGUUCCCUGUGAUGGCUUCCCUAGAUGCCCCAGUGAAGGUGGGUCCUGCCCCUGGGGGCCUGCAGCGCCAGAGCAGCCGAGAAAAUGGCUCAGUGGAGAGCGACGGCCUGACCAACGACUCGUCCUCGCUCGUGGGCGACCAGGAGUAUCAGAGCCGAAGCCCAGAUGCCAUGGAAACCAUGUCCUUCCAGGCCGUGUCCCCGGCCAAUAGCCAAGCAGAAAGCAUCAAGUCCAGGUCUCCCGAUGCUGGGGGCAAAGCUGAGACCUCCGAGAACAGCCGCCCCGAGAUGGAAGGUCGUAGCAGUCUCCCAUCAACGUUUAUUCGAGCACAACCCACCUAUGUCAAAGUUGAAGUUCCCGGCACAUUUGUAGGACCCUCCACCAUGUCCCCAGGCAUGACACCUUUGUUAGCGGCCCAGCCACGCCGACAGGCCAAGCAACAUGGCUGCACACGGUGUGGGAAGAACUUCUCAUCCGCCAGUGCCCUUCAGAUUCACGAACGCACGCACACUGGAGAGAAGCCUUUCGUGUGCAACAUAUGUGGGCGAGCGUUCACCACCAAAGGCAACCUGAAGGUCCACUACAUGACACAUGGGGCAAACAAUAACUCAGCUCGCCGUGGGAGGAAGCUGGCCAUCGAGAACACCAUGGCCCUGUUGGGUACGGAUGGAAAGAGAGUCUCCGAAAUAUUUCCUAAAGAGAUCCUGGCACCCUCGGUACGUGUGGACCCUGUCCCUGUCGUGUGGAACCAGUACACCAGUGUGCUCAAUGGUGGCCUGGCCGUGAAGAACAACGAGAUCUCCGUGAUCCAGAGUGGCGGCAUUCCCACCCUACCGGUUUCCCUGGGGGCCAGCUCUGUGGCCAGCAGCGCCACGGUCUCCAAGAUGGACUCCCAGUCUGGGGGCGGUGCCGAGGUGGAGAAGCCGGGUGUUGCCGACAGCGUUGCCAAACACCAGUUCCCUCACUUCCUGGAGGAAAACAAGAUCGCAGUCAGCUGAGCCCAGGAGAACCUGCCAGCCAGGAGAAGUGCAGAUCUGGUGUAAUGGAUGGACUGGUUUUUGGUUUUCUUCAAGAACCCAUCUCCUCUUUUCUUUAUUCUUACUGAUAUGCAAAUGAUGUUUACGGUUGUGACCUCAACCUUGGGCAGUCCUACAAUCACGAUUGUUGCUAUGCUGCUUUGCAAAAAAAGGAAAAAUUGCAAAGCAAAAAUAGGCAUACCAAAACAGACUAGAACCUUUUUAUUUUUAUUUUUUUUUUCUUUUGGAAAGAAGCGGGUCUUGCAAAGUAGCUUUGUUACUUGCGACAAACUGUAUGUAUACAUAGAAGCUUUGUACAACCUAGAGUGACUUUCCAAAGACUGUUGCCUCUUUCAGGGUGAAACAGUUGGAAAUUACUGAGCACCCUGGUGGAAAAGACAACUACUUAGCCUAAUUGGGUGGGUGGGGGGUACACUCUACCUCCAGGGCAACCAAAUGUGCAUAAGUAAGUGGAUGGACACCUUCUGCCCUCUACUUAGGGGCCUGUUUUACAUGACCUUCAAUCCUGUGCCCAUCUUUUUUUUUUUUUUUUUAAUUUUUGAAUGUACUUUAAACAAAACAAACAAACAAAAAAACCCCCUAAGGUUGUAGAAUGAACAAAAUUCCUUCAACCUUAGAAUCUUAAGUAGGAUGCCCUUUCCUGGACUUAUUUUAGUCCUUAGGGAGCCAAUGUGUGUUGCUGCUUAUUUAAAGACAGUUCAUUUGAAGCCCCAAGAGUGCCAGCUACUCCCCACAUGUCCAGAUGCCUUGUCUUCCCAGAUACCAGAAGAGUGGGGGUUCUCAGGUGACGUGAUGUAGUUUGCCAGUGCCUACUCUAUUGAAGAACUACGUUCUCAUUCUCAAGAAGAAGCUCAUGGAAGGGCGUACUUCUAUCACAGGUUCACAUUUUCUUCUUCUUUUUUUUUUUUUUUUCAAUUUCCCCAGUGCAACUUACAACAAGUAAUAAUGAAGAUUUUUAUUUUUCCUUGAGUUGCAUGAAGGCUACGAAGUUGAAACAGGCGAGUCCUGGGUGUGAAAGCUUUAAUUUAUCUACCUCAUUUAUUUUUUUAUGUUAGUAGCCAUAGUCUUUAUUUUCCUAUUUUAUGACCGCUGAAGUAUUCCCAGGCCCUGUCUUAGACCUAAGAGUUGACGUAUUGGUGGGAACAGCCAGACAUUCACGAUGUCUUUGUGAUUCCUUUUUCAAAUCCCCUUUCGUGCAUGUGAUAAUGUAGAGCAGAGGCCGAGACACUGCUCUAAUGGUUGAAUGAGGAAGGAGAAAGAAGGACCCGGCCUUGGGGCCGAGGAUUCUUUCCCUCUGUUCGGAUGGACCUUGUUGAAACGUGGAUCAAGACUGUUACCCAAAGUUUUGUCUUAGUUAUUGCACCUGGCUUUAGGAUCCAAAAAAGAAAAAGAAAAAAAAUAUAUGUUUUUGCCAAGUUGUGCCUUUCCUUCUGGAAUUGUAAGUGAACACAGUCAUAGCGCCUGUUUACACUGUGACGCGGAUAUUGUUACGGAGAACACCCCAGUGGCUCUCACUGCUGAGCUCACAGUGCCUAGUGAAUGUGUGACCAAUGGAGAAACCCCUGUAGGACCUGCUGAUGCUGUU